AGAUAAAGAAAUAUACGGGAAUAUAUAUAUUUAUAAGAAUUGAAUUAUGUUAUUGGGUUUUUUUGGACGUAUUAUUGAAAAAUAUGUGUACCCAGAGAAAAUGUCAUGGACAGGAAUUUUUGCGGGAAUGGGGAGAUAUACGGGGAUAAUUCCAAUAAAAUAUGAUUACGAGAUGUAUUUUGAACCUAUAUUAUGGGCGGCGCCGAAAAAAAAGACAUCAUACUCGAAAAAACGAAUGAGACAGGCAGGUAAAGGAUUAAAAGAUAUUCAGCAUUUUAGUUAUUGUUCUUCUUGUGGAAAGAAGAAAUUAGCACAUACACUAUGCAUAUUUUGUUAUAAGGAAGUCAAAGAAUUUAUAAAAUCCAGAUUUAAAUAAGAAAGAUAUAUGAGGAGUGGUAUUACUAUGGAAACAUGAAAAUGAG